AUGGUGCAGCGUCUCACGUACAGGAAACGCCAUAGUUAUGCCACCAAAUCCAACCAGCAUCGGAUUGUCAAAACCCCUGGGGGAAGGUUGGUGUACCAGAGCACUAAGAAGAGGGCUAGUGGGCCAAAGUGUCCUGUUACUGGAAAGAGAAUCCAAGGGAUUCCUCAUGUGAGACCUGCUGAGUACAAGAGGUCCAGAUUAUCAAGGAACCAAAGGACUGUGAACCGUGCUUAUGGUGGUGUAUUAUCUGGAGGUGCUGUGAGAGAGAGGGUUAUCCGCGCCUUCUUGGUAGAAGAGCAAAAGAUUGUGAAGAAAGUUAUAAAGAUUCAAAAGGCAAAAGAAAAGCAGGCGGCAAAGAGCUAAGAUGACGCAUUUAAGAUACUUCAGUUUAAGUGUGCUUGAAAGAAAUUUUGACUUUAAGAGAAGAUUAUAAUGUGUGCACUAUAUUUAUUUUGAGGUGAGUAUUUUUCAAAUUGACGGCCGGCGUUUUAGUUGGUUUUGAUUUCAAAUUCCAGUUCAAUACUGUGGCUUAGUGUACUAUACGAGGAUAUUGAUCUGAAUCAUCAAAACAUUAUUUUGUUGAGACUUGGAAUGAAAUGGGAUCUGUCUUUGGGAUGGAAGUUCAUUGGAAUGUCAUUAGUCCA